AUGGCUGAAGGAAACGAACAGAAGUUUGACCAUGAGACACUAGGAGAGAAAAGGAAGUUCAUAAUUUCGACCUAUGGUAAAAACUAUAAAAUUAAAGUGUUCUUAUCUUUAAGGGCGAUGGAUUUGAAUAAGGCAAUCACAAGUAAGAAAGUCAAAACAUGUGACUUAAAGAAGAACGUGGGUGUACCCGUUAUCACUUCUAAUGAUAAUGUCUUUGGUAGGAACGAAUUAUCUCUCAACAAGUGCUUUGUUCCUAUCGGUGGUGACUUUGAUCCAGAGAUCGAUGAACCUCAAUUUUGUGAAGUAACGAAAGAGCAGCAUAGUAGCUAUAAGACUUUCAAAUUUCAAUUUACUCCUGAGGGUAAAUCAGCUUUUACAGUUGCGUUAUUUGCCCAUAGACGCAUUCCAAUUUUAGAUUUUGAAUACAAAAACAAUAGGUAUAGAUGGAUUCGCAAGAGGGCUAAGUUUUCCCAUAGCUAUUCAUAUGAUCUCUACAAGCUAUCUGAAAAAGAUCCAUCACUUCUAGAUGGAUCGAAUCGUCAGACUUUUGAAUUGGACAACGAGAACGAGUUAGUUGGUUACAGUCUGAUUUUAGGACUUAAGUCGAAACUACCUCAAAGUGAAAGGAAUGCAAAAGAUUAUCUAGGCCAAUUGAAAUCUCAAAAGUCAACAUCUUCCGUACGAAAAACUGCGGUGUUUUCUUUUAUUGACUCUAGCUUCAAAACAACAGAUGAUCCAGAAGAUAUUAAUUCAGUUGGUUUAGAUUCAUCUGUUUUUUUAUGUUUGGCAACAUAUUUGAAGUAUUUUGAAGAUGAGAGAGAAAAGAGCGAUAGUAGCAGUUACCAUAGCGGUGAAAAUGGUGGAGUAAAUGUUAUAGCGUAA